AUCUGAAUGACUCAUUCCUUUUUGAUCUUGUUGGAACAGAGGUUAGCAUUUCUGUAAACUCGUGGGAGUUACAUUUGGCAUUGGGGAGAACACCUGUAUAUUUGUAAGAACACUUGUUUGGUGAUGAAAUUUUAUCCUGCGUGAGUAUUUCGCUCCCUUUGUCCGCACUGCUCUGCUGUCAUUUAUGGCCCGCGAGUCUGAGUGAUCGUGACUGUCAGUUUUCUAAGAUUUCAUUCACAAGAAAUCAUCAAAAAUGUGUCUGGACUGAGGCAGUAUGGGUAUGAUUUGAUAAAAAGUUCGAGGUAGAAGAUUCGAACGAGAAGGAAGCAUUGGAAUAAUGAGUGCGUUAAUCGGCAGAUGAAAAUGAAAUGAGAAGUGACUGAAAUAGUUCGAUUUUCUCAAGAUGCGAUGAGUUUCUCAGUGAGACGACGAUGGUGACGAUGUCAAUAACGAUGAUUUCUGAAUGGAGGGGAAUUGUCACUGUUUGUAGUAAUGACGGCAGGGCGUAUAACGAAGGUAAUACUACUACUGCUACCACUACCGCGAUUAGGACACGCUCAAAAUUAGAACAAAUAAUACAAAGUGAAGUUUUCAGUGGAAAUGUCUGUCAACGUGGAAGAGAAGGAGAGGGCGUGUUCUAACACCGCUAAGACCAGUAGGUUAAAGUUGCCUUUCUGGAUUGUGUUCGGUCGCAGGAAGAAGAAGUUUGUCAACAACAACAAUAACAACAACAUCAACAAAUCUGGUACGUUAAUUGGAUCGCACCUGUUUGUGAAGAAACAUAGUGAUAAAGGUAAUAACGUUAAGAGCUCCCAAGGCAAGGCCUUCCAAGGUAAAGCAAAGAGAGUGGCUUUUAAAGGUCUCCAUUGGAAGAGUGAAGGGGGUCGUGUCAGUACACCAGGGGUGGGUCGAAUGGCGGCGACGGAGGGUCAGAUCCGCUUCAGCGGCCAUACCCUCGAUAAGGCCACGAAGGCGAAGGUCACCCUCGAGAACUAUUACUCCAAUCUGAUAGCACAACAUCUGGAAAGAAAACAAAGGCAUGACAAGUUAGAAGAGAGCAUGAAAGAAGAAGGUCUCUCAGAAGACCAGAAGCAAGAGAAGAGACAGCAGCAUGCACAAAAAGAAACAGAAUUCCUACGUCUCAAGAGAUCGCGACUUGGGGUUGAGGACUUCGAAGCCCUCAAAGUUAUUGGCAGAGGGGCAUUUGGAGAGGUUCGGUUGGUGCAGAAGAAGGAUACGGGUCAUGUGUAUGCCAUGAAGAUAUUACGAAAAGCAGAUAUGUUAGAAAAGGAACAGGUGGCUCAUGUCAGAGCAGAAAGGGAUGUGUUAGUAGAAGCAGACCAUCAGUGGGUAGUGAAAAUGUUUUACUCCUUUCAAGACCCAAUUAAUCUCUAUCUAGUGAUGGAGUUUCUUCCAGGAGGUGACAUGAUGACACUUCUUAUGAAGAAGGAUACUCUGUCAGAAGAAUGCACACAGUUCUAUAUAGCAGAAACUGCUCUGGCUAUAGAUUCAAUUCAUAAACUAGGAUUUAUUCAUAGGGAUAUAAAACCUGACAACUUACUCCUAGAUGCAAGAGGACACAUUAAACUCUCCGACUUUGGCCUAUGUACAGGUUUGAAGAAAUCUCACCGGACAGAAUUUUACAAAGAUCUCAGCCAAGCCAAACCUUCAGAUUUUAAACCUCAUAAACAAGUUGGAGCUUUGUUGGGAAACUUGUUUUUGCCUGUUGGUCAUGACUGGUAUACACAAGAGACUGCGACCUACUCGAAUGUUCCAGCAACAAAUCCUAUGGAUUCGAAACGGAGAGCGGAAAGUUGGAAGAAAAACAGGAGAGCUUUGGCAUAUUCAACUGUAGGAACUCCAGAUUACAUUGCCCCUGAGGUAUUCAUGCAGACGGGUUAUGGACAGAGCUGUGAUUGGUGGAGCCUUGGAGUUAUCAUGUAUGAAAUGCUUAUAGGUUAUCCUCCAUUUUGUAGUGAAAAUCCCCAAGAAACUUAUCGUAAAGUAAUGAGUUGGAGAGAGACCUUGGUAUUCCCCCCUGAGGUUCCAAUUUCAGAACAAGCACGUGAAACCAUACUCAGGUUGUGUUGUGAAAGUGACAGGAGAGCAGGAUCUCAUCAAGGAAUAGAUGACCUAAAGAGUAUGAAGUUCUUCCAGCAUGUUGACUGGGAACACACAAGGGAACGUCCCUCAGCAAUUCCUGUGGAGGUAAAAUCCAUUGAUGAUACCAGCAACUUUGAUGAGUUCCCAGAAGUUGAUAUAAAAUUACCUGCAUCCCCUCCUGUUAAAGAAGGAGAGGCUGGGUACAAAGACUGGGUCUUCAUAAAUUACACUUACAAGCGAUUUGAGGGUCUUACCCAGAGGGGUCUUGUACGACCUAGUAAGCAGAAGUAGACCUUGCCAGACUAUAAUGAUAAUCUGUAUUUCAGAAAGUGACAUGUAAGAUAAAAAAAGAUAUUAAAAAGGUUUGUGACUGGGAACUUGAAAAUCCUAGAGCCUGUGAUAUAAAUGGUGAAGUGUUAUCCAUAGUUUCCAUAGAACUUUUUACAAUGGCUCCUAGGAUUUGCUAAGUGUGACGACAAAAGGUUUUUGUGGUAAAUAUUUUAGACCUGAUAAGAUUUGCUGGAUGCUUCACUGUAGGAGUGUUGUCCAAGAAAUCAACAGUACACAGAUCAUAAUUUAUCUUAAAUAAUCCAUCAAGAGCACUAGUGUAGUGUGAAGCAGCCUGUAAUCAAUCAAUCUUUGUUCACAGGAUUUUCUUAACAGAGCUUGUGUAGUCCUGUACGCCAAGCUAAAGCAGAAGUAUUACUUUUCUCCCUCCUUUUAAACUGUCUCACAUUUAAAGAAGGCUGCAGCAAUAUUUCGCACUAUGUGGGAAGUAGCGAGGUCUUAUAUAUUUUAUUAAUAUAAUUAGUUUUUCCUGAUGGGACCCAGUGAAAAUUUUUUUUCAUGAUUAGACUUGUUUCUAAUUGAAACAUUGAGUUAUGGAUCUUAUUAUUAUGGUUUUAUUGUGAUUUUAAGCCUUACAGCUGAAGACAGACUGUGAUAGAAUAUUGGCAAAACAGUGGUAGGUCUUUUCAAGUAUGCAUACAUACUUACUGAAAACAAUUUUUUGUUUUUUUACUUUUAUUUUAUCUUGGACAAUACAAUUUCUGUAUAGUUUGGUUUAGCACUGGUUUUGUGCUUGAAUUACACACACACACACACACACACACACAUACACACACAUUUUUUAACUCUGGAAGACAGAUGACAUAUUUGUGUGUGAAAGGGCAAAAUGAUGGAGAAUUAAUCCUCAGAACUUUGUGAUGUUGCCUUCAGGUGUAGCAUUCUUAGCCUUGUCAUAUUAUCAUGCAUUAUUUUGCCAUUCCUUUUCAUUUGAAGGCUUUUAUCAUAUCAUCUCAUAUUUGGUAUUUAUUUUUCCAUACUGAAUCAUUGUUAUUCAAAUGAUAUAGGAGUGGCACUCAUAAAUUAAGUACAAUAAAAUACUGCUGUACAGUACUUGGCAAUUCAUCUUGAUGUGCUAGAUGCUGUAAUACUGCCUCUGCUGUUUGAAAGGUUGUGAACAGUUUCUUAACUACUUUCCUCAGAUGUUUAGUAAAAAAAACAUUUGUUUACUUGGUAAUAAUUAUCCACAUCAACAUAGCAUCAGAUAGUUUGCAGACUAAACCAUUUAAAUUUUUUAGUUAACUUCUGACAAAAGUAAUAACACUUGCAUAAUAUAAAUUCCCAGGUCCAUAAAAUGUAAAAAUGCAAUUCACAGUGUCUUUCACAAGUUGAAGCAUUGAAAAUCUUUCCAAACGUUAGUUUUUCCACAGUCAUUGGUCAUUUUCCAUAGACAGUUUGAAGCACACAUCAGUUAAGUACAAGUGGGUUGUCAAGCUUGUUUAUAUUCUCGCUGUGUUUAGUUUGAGUUGGGUAACCUGUACUUAGGCUAUGACCUGUACUAUUAUGCACUCUGCAAAUGUGUAAUUCACUAGCAUUGUAAUAAAUAAUGUGAUUUUCCAUAAGUUACUUUCUCAUGCUGUACCUAAGCGUGCUAUGUUAACUUGAUUUUAUGAGCACUAUGAUAAUAGUAUCCAAGAUACACAGAACUUUUAGUUUCAAUAUUAACUUUGUUAGUUAGGAUCAUGAUAUAUCUAUUUAUUUUAAUGGACUGUAAAUAUUUUUCCUGUUAUGGAUUAUCUGUCGUAGAAUGAUAAAUGUGUUACAUGUUAUUAAAUAAAUUUGUAAUUCAGUGUAAAUGUUUUUAGGAGUUUGCAGUUUAAGUAAGGUUUUUGCUUUUAUGUUUAUGUACUAUUAUUGUGUAUAUAUACAAUUAUGCUGUAUAAGCAUAUACUACUAAUUUACUAAACCUGUUCUGAGGAACAUUUUCUCAGAUUUUGAUCCUUUUAGAUUUGGUUUUUUAGUUUCCAGAAAAUUUUUCAGUAAUUAAAAGGUUUUAUGUAGGCAGCAUUAUGAACCUAAAAGAAUUUUAAGAAAAAUAAACAGAUUCUUUCUCCUGAGCUAAAGUACAGACAAAAUUGUACAGUGUAGGUGUGUGUUCUUUCUGCAUUAGUAUGUGGUUUUGAAAUCCUUCAUAUGCAUAAUAGUCUCAGUAUUCAAGUGUAACACUUGUGCAAAAUAUAGCUUAUUGCUGUGUUUUGUCUGAGGUACAGUAUCAGGAAUUGAAAAAUUCAGCUCCAUAGCAGAGUGAAAGUAGUUUACGAUAGUUCUAUAGAAUACUUAGAUUUAUUUUUUUUUUCAAUUGUAUUAAGGGUAAUAACCACAUACUUGGUGAUCACUAAACCAGUGUGCUAGCCUUUAGAUGCAUACAAGUUUGAGGUGUAUUUAUAUAAACUUCAUUAGAAAAUUGACUUCUUUUAGUCUUGUCUAAAUUACACUUACACUGUUUUGCUGCAGGUUCUAAUGUCUUAAAUAUACAUUCCUCAUCACUUGUAAGUAAAGGUCCUAAAGAUAUAUGCCAUAUUGUAUUGGCAUUGUCAAGUAAAAUUUCUCUGGUUUUUAAAUCUCUUAACUGUAUAGCUCUCCUGAGAGUGUGAAAGUACCGUCCGUGGGACAUGUAUUAAAUAAAGGGGUAAAACAGUUACUUUGUUAGAGGAGUUGAAUACCCCUCACAUGAUCAAAGCAUUAUAACCUGUUUCCUUAUGGUUUAUUACUGAUCACGGACAGGUUUCCAAGUUUUGUUUCUAAAAUAUGUUCAGUCACUUUUUGUAUUUAGAUAGAUGGAAUAAAAUGGACUAGAUGUUUUCUAUUUCUCUAGAUCUUAAUUUGUGAUUGAACUCCUGAGUUGUGAGUGGUAUAAUUAUCAGGAAAAAUUUUUAAAUUUUUUCCUUGCACAACUAAGUUGUAGAGGCAUUUAUAAUGCUCUAUAAAAUAAUUCUGGAAUAGUACGUAAGAAAAUUGUGUAUUAAAAGUGCCCAUUGCGACUGUUGAACCCCGUAGGAUCAAAAGAGUUCCUUUUUACUGUCUGAAGAACAGUAUGGAAGGGUUCUUAACUGUGGGUUUCCAAGGGAGAUCUCGUGUAAAUAUAAACAGCAGUAGCUCCUUUAACUAGUCACCAAUAAAGAAUAAUAUAACA